AUGAAAAGUAUUCAUGAAGCUUUCAGACACUCCAUGGAUAUUCGAGAACCAAGAUGUGAGGAGAAUAAAUGGCAUCACAUGCACAUGGUGAAAGCAUUGACUGUGAAAUUCAAUCCAGGAGGGAAAUUUCAUGCUACAGAGAGUGAAGUUUCUAUUUCAUGUUUCUUCGCUAAAAAGGAAGACUGGGGAAAGUGCAACGUGAAGAAAUUGAACAAGAGAAAAACAUGUUUUAGUAAAGUUCGUUGUCCUUAA